AUGUUUCAAAAUGGAUGCAAGUUAUCAGAAAUUAAAAAUAAUUUCGAAGAUUUAAUUGAUAUUGAUGCACAUGAUGGUCCUGUAAUGUUAGUCUAUUUUAUAAAUGACUCAAAUCACUAUUAUUCAUCCGAUUGGUUUCAGGCAUUGAGACAUGCUUCUGGUGGUUCUUUCGCUGGUUAUUAUACAGUAUGUCUGGGUGAUUAUUGUUCUUUCGGACCCAAAAUUCGUGGACAACAACAAUCAGACUCACGAAUCAAUCAGAUUGUGUUGAUUCUUACAAAAAAAUGA